CCUAAACACAUGUAUAAUCUGCCUGGUUUCUAAAUCUAUAGCAUCCUGCUUCUGUUUCUACAGCUACAAUAUGGGGUUCCAUUUCCUAUCCAUCUUCACUUUGAUCUGCCUUGCAGUUGCAGGUAGCUGCCAUGCUUCUCUGCCAGCAGAAGAUUACUGGAAGUCUAUGCUCCCAGACACUCCAAUGCCGAAGAGCCUGAAAAGCGUUCUGCAGCCUGGCAAGCAGAUGAAGAUUCCAAAACUUGCAAAAAAUGUGAACAGAGCCAUCUUCCUGCCUCGUCAAAUUGCGGAUUCAAUGACAUUCUCAAGCGGCAAGCUUCCGGACAUUCUUAAACGCUUUUCAGUGGAACCUGGAUCAAGAGAAGCUACAAUAAUAAAACAAACAAUAAAAGAUUGUCAGAAAAUAGUUGUUGGAGAAGAAAAGCAGUGUCCCAUGUCCUUGAAAUCCUUAGUUGAUAUUAGUGUUUCAAAACUUGGGAAAAAAAUCCAGGUUCUCUCAAGUGAAGUUGAGAGAGAGACCAAAACCCAAGAUUUUACCAUUGGUAAAGGGGUGCGAAACAUGGGAGAAAAACAGUUGAUCUGCCAUAAGACCGGUUAUCCAUAUGCUGUUUACUUCUGUCAUACUAUAAGGAAAACAGAAGUGUAUAAGGUUCCAGUGGUUGGGUCAGAUGGGACUAAGGCGGAAGCUGUGGCUGCUUGUCAUAAGGAUACAUCAGCUUGGAAUCCUAACCACUUGGCCUUUCAGCAACUCAAAGUUAAGCCAGGAACUGUCCCAAUAUGUCAUUUCUUGGGCACAGAGACCAUUGUCUGGGUCCCGGACCAAACUGACAAAGGAGAAGACAAGUUCUGUGCUACAUCCUUGGAGUCCUUGAUUGAUCAGAGUGUUUCGAGGCUUGGGAAAAAGAUACAGGUACCGUCAGAUGAGGUUGAGAAGAAGACAAAAACUGGAGAUUUUACCAUUGGCAAGGAAGCGAGGAACUUGGGAGAGAAGGAAUUAGCGUGUCACAAGAUGAAGUACCCAUAUGCUGUGUUUUUAUGCCAUUUAAUUGAUAAAACUGAUGUGUACACAGUUCCCUUUGUUGGUUCUGAUGGGACCAAAGUUAAGGCCACUGCUGUUUGUCACAAAGAUACAUCAGCACGGAACCCCAAACAUUUGGCAUUUUAGGUCCUCAAAGUUAAGUCAGGAUCGGUCCCAAUUUGUCAUUUCCUUGCCAAAGAGACAGUCGUCUGGUUUCCCAACUAAAGUUCUGAAACAUCUGCGCACAAGUGCUGUCUGGAUGUUAAAAGAGCAGUAGGUUCAGUAACAGAGAUUAAAUAAGUUGAACCUCUGAUCUACUUGUAUGAGGUUUAAGUAUGUUUUUAAGUCUGGAAAAAUAGUCAGUUUCUUAUCUCUCUCCUUGAUCUGUUUGCUGUUGUUUUUUCUACUUCAUGUAUUUGUGGCUAGAUAAAUAAGGCCGAGGUGCUACU